GCGCGCCCUCGGGGCCCGGGACGCCGCCCACGCCGCCCGAGGCCCGGCGCAAGAUGAGAUGGACCAGACCCCCCCAGGGCGCCCCGAAUAUCUGGUCUCAGGGAUCCGCACCCCCCCUGUGAGGAGGAACAGCAAGCUGGCCACGCUGGGCAGGAUCUUCAAGCCCUGGAAAUGGAGGAAAAAGAAAAACGAGAAGCUGAAGCAGACGACGUCCGCCUUGGAGAAGAAGAUGGCGGGCAGGCAAGGCCGAGAGGAGCUCAUCAAGAAGGGGCUGCUGGAGAUGAUGGAGCAGGACGCUGAGAGCAAAGCGGGCACCCCUGACGGCGGCCCCCGGGCGGCGCGGAGUGAGCAGGAGCCGCCGGCGUCGGAAGAAGGCCCACCCGGAAGCCCCUUGGCCCCUGGGACAGACCGGGCACCCCCGGACAAGCCGCUGUCCUCGGACACCCAAGCGGACGAUGCAGCCAAGAUGCCGCCAGCACCCGGCGGGGAAGCAGCAGACGCCGGCGGCCCCCCACCUGUCACGGACGAGCCCUCUGCAGCCUCGGCUGGGCCCGACGCCCUGCACAGUCCUCCCAGAGUCCCAGAGAGGUCUGCGGGCCAGCUGCCCAGCCCCCCGCUGCUGCCCACCCCGCCACCCAAGGCAGGCUCCAAGACCUCGAAAAAUGUCACAGGCCAGCCUGUGCUCUUCCAAGGCUCCGGCGGGAAGAACAGCGACCCUCUGCUCCGAGGCCAGCUUUCCACGCCCACCGGGUCCCCGCACCUCACCACUGUCCACCGGCCGCUGCCGCCCAGCCGCGUCAUUGAGGAGCUGCACCGGGCGCUGGCCACCAAGCACCGCCAGGACAGUUUUCAAGGCAGGGAAAGUAAAGGGUCCCCGAAGAAGCGGGUGGACGUCCGUCUGUCCCGGACGCCCAGCAUGGAGCAGGCCAAGGAGCGGGAGGAGGCCUGGAGCCCCGACGGGGCCUCGGAGAACAAGCGGAAAGAGUCUGAGGAGAACAAGGAGAACGUGGCUGUGAACUCCGAGCUCAAGGACGACCUGCUUCUCUACCAGGACGAGGAGGCGCUCAACGACUCCGUCAUCUCUGGAACCCUGCCCCGGAGGUGCAAGAAGGAGCUGCUGGCAGUGAAGCUGCGGAACCGGCCGAGCAAGCAGGAGCUGGAGGACAGGAACAUCUUCCCGCAGAGGACAGACGAGGAGCGGCAGGAGAUCCGGCAGCAGAUCGAAGUGAAGCUCUCCAAACGGCUCAGCCAGAGACCUGCGGUGGAGGAGCUGGAGAGGAGGAAUAUCUUGAAACAGAGGAACGACCAGACCGAGCAGGAAGAACGACGAGAAAUCAAGCAGAGGUUGACGCGGAAGCUCAACCAGAGACCCACCGUGGAUGAGCUCAGAGACAGGAAGAUCCUGAUCCGAUUCAGCGACUACGUGGAAGUGGCCAAGGCGCAGGACUACGACCGGCGGGCGGACAAGCCCUGGACCAGGCUGUCGGCGGCAGACAAGGCGGCCAUCCGCAAGGAGCUCAAUGAAUACAAAAGUAACGAGAUGGAGGUGCACGCGUCCAGCAAGCACUUGACAAGGUUCCACAGGCCAUAGCGAUUUUCUUCUGAGAAGAAUUUGUGUUUAAUUUUUGAUACCAACACUGAACACUCAUCAGGGAACUUUCCUGAAGUUCAGCUCAAGACGACCUGCCGUGUGCGAGAGGAGCAGGUCCCACCCCCAGGUGACAUCUCGGGGCCCACGCGGAGAAGCCAGAGGACGCCCCCCCUCCGGGCGCGCGGCGCGGGGA